CUCUUGUCCACCGUCCUUAAAGCGUAUUCCGACGCGUGUAAAUUUUUAGAUCGCUUCUGACCGGCAGCGUGUGUGGUGGUAGUGCGUGCGUGGGCGUGCGAGUGCGUGGGCGGGUCAAGUGUGCGUGUGGAUACCCAUACCGAGUGCUGCAACCGGCGCUCGGACGGAUAGUUUGUGUGCAUCAAGAUGAUAAACAGCUGAUCAACGCAAAAAUGGAUAUGGUGCCUCUUCCCCACACUGUCUCCAGAUCCCACGGCCCCGCGAUGCUGCCCGCGAUAGCCGACUCCGUCGGCUUCCUUCUAGUCUUUGGCGGCCUCCUCGGCCACCUCGCCGCGGCCGCGGGCGUGCCCGCCGGCGCCACCCCUAGCCCGGCGCUGAACCACAGCGCGUACAGAUACGACGGCUUACAUCGGAGAUCACCGGCAACACAGCUGAGGCCUGCCGUCCUGGUUGCGUCCCAGUCAACAACAACAGCAGGCAAGUUUAGCAGUCCCGUCAGGUCACCAAACGUUAGCACUUCCGGGCGCCCGAAAGUCAUGGCGACCAGGACAACAACAGCGUCGCCAACUCUGGAGGGAGCAGAGGAAUCACUCACCUCCGCCUGCGCCUGCGCCUGCAGGCCCCAGCCCAGCGGCCGGCGGCCAGCUGUCGGUGUCACGUUUUGCACCGCACACUUUAUUCAAUUACUCAGCCCGGACCGGCGGAUUUCCUUUUCCUGGGCAAAGCGCCGGCCUUUGAAAAGCAGCUGGCGCUUUGAUUGUGACAUAAGUAACAAUCAAGCUGAACGAGAGUCUUGGAGCAUAAGUGAGCUAAGCCUCAAUUUUUAUCUUUAA